AUGAGAGCCGUUGGCUCGUCCAUAUCCAUGAACAAACACGUACACCCUGAAAAUGGCACUCAAACACACCCCGAAAUGGCAUUAUCUUUGAUUUUAGAGAGAAAUAUUCUAUUUCAGGAGAAAAGCGAGAUUCCUUGUCAGCGUGCCCUCGACCAUCGGAUCGACGUUCUAUCACUUUUCGCCUUUACAUUUGAAGCCAGUUCUUCUCCCGGUUUUAUUCGAGAGAAGAGUAUUGUGGUCGGGUUUGAACCACUCACCACCAGAACUGAGCCCGGCUAUCACCAGCGGUAUUGGCUUGUCGCCCAGGCCAGGCUUGUUGACACCUCGGCCACCUUUCUUGCUUUCUCACCCAUCCUCGUCUCAUUUCUCCUACAUACUUUACUGGCUAUUUCUUAUUCGACUCUACACCCUACAAACUCAAAGAAUUAUCCGACUCCCGUCGCGGCCCCUACGACGAGAAACGGAGCUCCAACGGUGAAGAGCAGCAUCUUUCACGAUGCAGUACUGGUGGUCAACGAAAAGAUUGGCGAGGUGUACACCAGGGCGAAGCCGAGUAGCAGCUCGAGUCGACGGACGUGGUGGUACCGCGUCGCAGCCUACAUUGUCGUCGCGUGUCUAAUCCUCAUCGCUAUCAUCGUUGGAGCGGUCGUCGGCUCCCGAAAAGGUGAUUCGGAUGGCGGCACAGGGAGUACAGGGAGCGGAGGGGGGAACGGAGGGGGUAAUAAUGGAUCAGGAGAAGGACCAUCGUUCCCGACUGACUCUAGAUUGCACAAGUCGUUUUGGGGGAUUGCCUAUACACCUCGAGGGGCUAUCGAUUGUACCGCAGACCAAGAUCAUAUAAAGAAGGAUAUCAUGCAGCUCAGUCAAUUGACCACCAGGCUGAGGUUGUAUGCUGCUGAUUGGUUCGUCCUAUUCCUGUUUAUCGCUAACCAAGCUCAACUUUGUCAUCCCACUCACUUCCAGAACGCAUCUUACCUUUCUCUAGACGUACAUCCAGAUGUCCCUUCUUAUACCUCUCAAGUUGCUCUAUUGGACUUUGCCUUGCUCACUUAUGGAACUUCUCGGAUAGCUGGAAUCACCGUGGGGAACGAAUACGUCUUGAACGCCCCAUCCAGGGGCGACUCGAUACCCAACGCAGUCAACUGGGUGAAUUCUAGGAUCAUAGACUACAAAGCACACUUGCGGGACCUGACCGCAUCGCCCGCCCAGUACUCUUCAAGUUUAUCCUCUCUUACCAUUUCGACACCCACAGCCUUACCGACCACCGCCCUCGCCGCGCGCUCAGCAGCACCUUACAUCUCUCCAUUCAACACCCUCACCCGCCGCGCACUCUCCCCCUCCGAGAUGAACUUUACCUCCAUCCCAGUAGGCACCUCCGACGCCGCCGGUACAUUCCUCGACGGCCUCGUCACGACCGCCGACUACUUAUUCGUCAAUAUCCACCCUUGGUUCAGCCAAAACACGUUCGCACAAGCGGGCUGGUUUAGUUGGAGCUAUAUGAGGGAUAUCGUGGUGCCGAUGGUGAACGCGACGUGGCCUGCAAAUCCGAGUAAUAGUAAUGGUGAUGGGGUGCCUAAACAGCUGUUUCAGGGUGAGUUUGGGUGGCCGACGGGCACGGAUAGUGCACCGCUUGGGAUCAAUCCUGCGGGGAGUCCGGCUGGAUUGGAAGGGUUGCAAAAGACUUUGGAUGACUGGGUGUGUGCGGCGAAUCGGAAUGGGACACAGUACUUUUGGUUUGAAGCGUACGACGAGCCGUGGAAGGCCAUGUAUGGAGGAGUAGAGCAACAUUGGGGUUUAUUCGACUAUGAUGGAAAUCUCAAGGACAUUACGAUACCAGAUUGUGGAGAUUCGUAA